GAGCCGCGCCGGCCUAUGAGCGGCGGCCCCGUGCCCCGGAAGGGGCGUGGCGAGAGCCGGAAGUCCCCCUCCCCUUUUCCUGCUGCCCGCCGCUCGGUGCCCCUGGGCUCCGCCAUGUCGCCGGUGCGGGCGGUGCUGGCGCUGCUGGCCGCACUGGCGGCCCCGGCCGCCGCCUACUUCGUCAGCAUCGAUGCACACGCGGAGGAGUGCUUCCUGGAGCGGGUGCCGUCCGGCACGAAGAUGGGGCUCAUCUUCGAGGUGGCCGAGGGGGGCUUCCUGGACAUCGACGUAGAGAUUACAGGGCCUGAUAAUAAAGGAAUUUAUAAAGGCGAUCGAGAGUCCAGUGGAAAAUACACAUUUGCUGCCCACAUGGAUGGAACUUACAAGUUUUGUUUUAGUAACAGAAUGUCCACCAUGACUCCCAAGAUAGUGAUGUUCACAAUUGAUAUUGGGGAAGCUCCAAAGGGGCAAGAUAUGGAGACAGAAGGUGGUGGAGAUACCUGGGAUGCUCAUCAGAACAAGCUAGAAGAGAUGAUUAACGAGUUAGCAGUGGCCAUGACAGCUGUAAAGCAUGAACAGGAGUACAUGGAAGUUCGUGAGAGAAUACAUAGAGCAAUUAAUGACAACACAAACAGCAGAGUGGUCCUUUGGUCAUUCUUUGAAGCUCUUGUACUAGUUGCCAUGACACUGGGACAAAUCUACUAUCUGAAGAGGUUUUUUGAAGUCCGAAGAGUUGUUUAAGAGUACUGUACCUGGUCCUGGAUUUCAGUUCACUGUCUACCAAACAUCUUGGUCACAAAAAAAAAAUCACUGAGUUUCGAAACCCUCUUUACUGAACUGUAAAACUUAUUUGCUUACGUUCCUUCCUAGUUAAAAACGAAUUGUUUUUAUAUAUCUUCUGUAGCAAAAGC